GCUGGAUUAUGAUUAAGCGGUGUGAUAAUGUGCGAUGAAUCUCCCUGUUCGAUCCUGUAGCCAUGAGUCUCUCUGCCAAGAUGAUCACUACAUGUCUGGCUGCAGUUCUCAUUGUCAUCCUGGCUUUUGCUACGUUGACCCGAAAAGACGUUCUUUGUGUGGCAGUGCAGUGGCAGGACAAACAGAAACCAGCAGCCGUGCAAACACAGAAGCAUGACGAGAAGACAGCCGUACAAAGACAGGAGAGAGACGAGAAACCGACGGCGGUGCAACCACAGGAGAGAGACAAGAAGGAGAAAGACGAGAAACCGACGGCUGUGCAAUCGCAGGAGAAAGACGAGAAACCUUCGGCCCUGCAAUCGCAGGAGAAAGAUGAGAAACCGACGGCUGUGCAAUCGCAGGAGAAAGACGAGAAAACAGUAGCAAAACAGUCAGGGUGCUUGUUCCCAUUGGUGGUGCACAUAGGUCCACACAAGACUGGUACGACCACCUUCCAAACCUUCCUAAUCAAAAACGCCGAAUGGCUCUGGAAAGAAUAUGGCAUAUCCGUGGCUGCAAAUGAGGGUGUUAAGGCGGCUGCCUACAUCCCAAGCACAAUCAGGCAACAACAUGGCCUACAGCAUAACCCAAAGUUUGCGGAUCCAAAAAAGAUGCAGGAGCUGUUCCAGACCAUUGGCACCAUGCCUGCAAACUCUCCCGUGAUUUUGUCGUCGGAGGAGUUCUCCACAUUGGGCACAGCCGAGUGGAAUGAUUUCAAGAGCCAAAUUGCCAUUCAAAAGCGGUGUGUGUCCAUUGUAGUUGUGCAUCGGCGAGGUUUGAACUUGCGGGCGUCCAUUUGGAAUGAAGUCAACAAGAAUAGCAUCUCGCCGGACUCUUUUCUCAUCUCGUUGUUGAGGAGGAACGGUGGAGAGGAGGAGUUUCAGCUUAAAGUGCUAGACACCGUCAGGUCGAUUGCUGAUUCGGUGGAAGGUGUGUCCUAUGAAUAUUUGCGUGAGGCCAACUACAGCAUAGCGAGUUUUACGGUUUGCAAUGCCACAUUGCGGCUGGAAGGUAGCAAGUGGGAGUUGUGCAAGACAAGUGUGGAGCUCCGCAUGCCGGGGAUUCAGAAUCCAUCUGCACCGCCCGCAGCCUUUGAUGUAGUUCGCUUGGCAUAUGGCUUGUACACCAGGCAAAAAGCUGCUAACUAUCCCAGGUGCAGGAAGAAGUUUGCUGUGCGAGCCUACAAGAACUCGGCUGUUCUGAGAGUGGCUGAGCAGAUGCCCACACUCUGUGGCAGUCUCAACGAGGCUUUCUCACAUGUGGAUGAACUUUGGUACAACCGGACCGGAGCCCUCAAACCCGAAGGACGAGAAGAUCCACUUUGCUUUGUGGAUGAGGGAUCUCUUAAGCUCGAACACUGGGCGUUGCUCAGCACUUUGCUUCCACCUGGCUGCCAAAUCAUGUGACAGACUUUUCCAGACACCGGAGAGUUGGUGCUUUUCAGCAUUUUUCAGCUGUCCUUUUCCGUUCCUCUUUGCUCCAAAGUGAGCUGACCGUGAGGAGCUGACGACGAGAACGAGAACCAGUCUGAUCAACGCCUCGGAACCUUUGGGCAUCUGCAGCAUCCGGACGUCUCAUUUGGAGUGAAGAGCUGGUCAACAGACGAGGACGCAAGCAGGCCCUCCCCUCUGGCUAGAAAACAGACGGAUCAUUGUGCAUUGUCCCGUUCUCACCUUAGAUCAUUUCAUGAGCGACUGAGUGUAGACUUCUGUGCAAAGUGCGGAUGGCCCGAGGGGUGCCUCUCGCCAUAGGAGGAGGCCAAUCGCUAGUAGAUUGGAGCAGUCUGACUGAACUUUUGGACUCAAGCCAUUGGACAGAGAUGGUUUGGUAGAGGAGGGCGGCCAGAGCAGAGUCCAUAUCCUGUAGUGGGGCUAUCAAUCCACGCAAAGCAAGUUAAAUGAUUUGUGAAAGCCAGAUGCUCAGAUUCUGUCCCACCAACUUUCAACUGGUAUGAUACGGUAUGACCUUUUCAGUGUCUUCUCAGUGUGAAUGCCGAAGCGAAGAAUUUCAAGAGACCUAGUUAUACGGAACAUGAACAUGUCAUGAACAGGAACGAGGUCGACUCCACCGUCUUCCGUCCCGACGUCGACCUUCCCCGAUCGACGAGGUGCCCGGUGAACGCCAGACGAAUCCGGAGGACGGCAGCUGAAAGAGCAUAGACAUUCGAUCGGUGCCGAAUGAGAUGAACGAGCAGUGAAAUGCUUAGAUGAAGCCUGUGGCCCCUGGUAACAAAUGUUCCA